AUUCUUGAGUUUUCCCGUUUUCCGCAAAACAGAUGUUGGCUACAGUUCCUCUGUUGUGAACGUAAAUUGCAGCUAUUACGUAAUGAUUCCUUAAUUAAUUAUUGAAAUUUUUAUACAUUUCUAUUGUUAUUGUUAUUUAAUUUUUGUGCGAAUACAAAAUGGGCAGGCUUAUUGUUUUCGAUAACGUUGUGGAAGAUAAGUUGAAUAUAAUAUUCCGAAAUAAAGGUUGUCAAACGGGGUUGAUUAUUGGGCAGUGCACCGAUCAAAAAGAUAUUGCUAUUAGGUUAUGUUCAACUCCAACUAAAGAUGAUGAUGUUCAUGCAAGCACUGCAGGUGAUGCUGAUAAUUCGAGAAAAAGUAAAACUAAUGUGCCUGAUAUUGAUGAACAGUGGAUCUGCCAGCAUGCAAAACAACUUAUCAGAGCUCUUCCUGGAGGACUUGAUAUUUUAGGCCUUUUUAUUGUUGCUCCUUCUGAAUUUACUACAAAAAAUCAACCUCUUCUGAGACAGGUGUUGUUUUCAAUUUUCAAAAUUCUUGGGAAAAAUCGAAGUUUCAAUUUGUGCUCUUCUGAAAGAAUUUUGCUAUUUAUUUGUCCUGUCACAAUGAAAACAGUUUGUAAAACUUAUGACGUCUCUGAUUACAAGAGUUUUGCUAACCCUGCAGAAUGGAAAUUGCAGUCUGGGUCAAUGAAGUGGCAUCGUAUUCGCUGUCGUCUUGCUGUGGACAUCAAAUUUCCUAUCAAGAGUGAAGAUGCUGGCUUGAGCUUGCAGAAGCAAAUUGAAAUUGGGUUGCAUCCUUUCCUUGAAAAUGUUAAAGAAGCCCAUGCUAUUUGCAAUGGUUCUCAAAGAGAACUUGUUGAGCCUUUGGACUGUUCUAAUGAAGGCAAGAAAUCAAAAAAGAAAUCUCUUCAUGAAAGUGAUUCUUCAUCAACACCAUCUAAGUGGCAUGAUAUUGAAUUAUUCAUUCCAUUGGAAAAUAACAACAAUAUUUCUAACCCUGAAGUAUGUGAAUGCAUUUGUAUGAUGACAUUUAAAGGAGCUGUGCAGUGCAGAGCAUAUGUUCACAGCAAAGCAACUGUUCAAGAAGCCAUUAACGCUCUGAAACAAGAUAUUAUGAGAAGUAUAACAGCUAGAUUUGAAAUACAUUGUGAAGAUUUAUUAUUAAUUGAAGAAGAACAGCAAGAUCCAAUUGUAGUUCAUGAACUGCCUCGAAGAGUUUUUGCACCUUUACCUCAAGCAGAUGUUUGUGUUUGUGACUAUCAGUUUCAUAGCGAUACAGCUGUUGACUCCCUUGAUGCAUUUAAAGAAUUGCUGAACUUGGAGCUUUCUGAACAGGACAUUGACACUUCCUGCGAAGUAUCUCCAACAACCAGUACUUUGAUUUUACCUGAUGCUGUUGAAGAAAGGUUGUCUGAAUUUGGUGAUGCUCCUACACAUUCCUCCAUGAAUAAAUUAUUUGUUCCCGUUGCUGGUGUUGCACUAGCAGUUGCACUUGCAGGACUUUCGUUUUUCCUAAAUUCAAGCAGCUGAAGAUAUAAUUUUAGUCUAAAUAAAAAAUUUAAAAGAAAGUUGCUUUGUUUAAUCUGUUUUAAAUAUUUCUGAUCAUAAAUGUUCUAUUGAUAUGUUUACAUUAUUAAAUUGUAAUUUGUUGUAAUAUUUUGAUAAAUAUUUUUU